AUGUACACAUCAACUUUUUUCUCUGACGUUAUGAAAUGUAAAAAAAUGCAAAUAAAAUUUCUUCCUAACAGGUAUUUGAAGACUGGUAUUGAAGAGCACGCCGAACUAAUGUCAGGAUUGGGAUUCACGGCUCAUUGGCUCAGCUACUUCAGCAGUGCCGUCAAUUCGAUCAUUUACAAUUUCAUGAGUGAUGAGGCAUGCUUCGCACCUCGUGUCCGAUCAGGGAUGAACACAGUGAGGAAUCAAUCUUUCAACUCCUUGAGGUACAACACACAAGUUGACCAUUCAGAGGAUUCAACAAAGCGCAUGAACAUCGAAUAUGAAUACAUGCUAAACGACGCAUCACACACGAAGCAUGUGAUAGGCGGGGAUCUUUUUAUCAUAUUCGAACCCGGUUACUGCGAAACAGCACCUGACGACCUUAACCAUGAGACCAUCACGCCGCCCUGGAACUAUGAAAAAAUUUAA